AUGGAGCCCACAGCUACGAGCCAGGAGAGCGGUGAAAGCGCGAGAGGCCAGGCGACACGGGAGUGCGUGAAUCGGAUCCGGGUGCCAGGACCGCCCUCCAUUAUGGAAUUUACCAUCGUGAAGCCCAUUAGCCGUGGCGCCUUCGGAAAAGUGUAUCUGGGAAAGAAAGGCGGCAAGCUGUAUGCGGUGAAGGUUGUCAAAAAGGCAGACAUGAUCAACAAAAAUAUGACUCAUCAGGUACAAGCUGAGAGAGAUGCACUGGCGCUAAGCAAAAGUCCUUUUGUUGUCCAUUUAUACUAUUCACUGCAGUCAGCCAGUAAUGUCUACUUGAUAAUGGAAUAUCUUAUCGGUGGAGAUGCUAAGUCUCUCCUACACAUAUAUGGGUAUUUUGACGAAGAAAUGGCUGUGAAAUACAUUUCUGAAGUAGCAUUGGCUCUAGAUUACCUUCAUAGACAUGGGAUCAUCCACAGGGAUUUAAAACCAGACAAUAUGCUCAUUUCUAAUGAGGGUCAUAUUAAACUUACAGAUUUUGGCCUUUCCAAAGUUACUUUGAAUAGAGAUAUCAAUAUGAUGGAUAUCCUUACAACACCAUCAAUGGCUAAACCUAGACAAGACUAUUCAAGAACUCCUGGGCAAAUAUUAUCUCUCAUCAGCUCUUUGGGAUUUAACACACCAGUUGCAGAAAAUAUUCAAGACUGUACAGAUAUUAUUUCAACUGAUCUAUCUGAAACAUCACAGUUUUCUGAAGGAUUAAUUUGUCCUAUGUCUGUAGAUCAAAAGGAGACUGCUCCUUAUUGUAACAAACUACUAAAAGCAUGUCUUGAAACAGUUGCUUCUAACCCAGACAUACCUGUGAAGUGUCUUACUUCUAAUCUCCUCCAGUCUAGAAAAAGACUGGCUACAUCAAGCGCUAGUAGUCAGUCCCACACAUUUCUCUCCAGUAUGGAAUCAGAAUACCACAGCAGCCCCACAUGGGAAAAGGAUUGCCAGGAAAAUGAUGAGGCAUUGGGCUUUACAAUGAUGAGUUCGAAUUCAAUUGGAAAACCUUUAUGUACUAAAUCUACAAAUGCCUUCGAGACCAGAAAUUUCAAUAAAAAGGAUCUUGAGUUAGCCCUUUCUCCCAUUCACUCCAGCAGUGUCACUCCUGACACUGGAUCCUCUUGGGAAAAUGUUGCUCAAAAAUGCUUUUCUGAGAGAGUUUCUUGGGAAGCAAGAGAACUGGAUGUAAACAGUAUCACUAUGCAUACUGACACAAGACAGUCUGAUUUUCAUCUGUCAAAUCAGUGGCGUGUGGAUUCUGCUAAUAUGUCUGAAGAACACCCUGGGAAAAAAGGCUUAAAAAGAAAUUUUGAGUUAGUUGAUUCUAGUCCUUGUCAGGAAAUUAUACAGAAUAAAAAAAAUUGUGUAGACUCUGCUUGUAGUAAUGAAAUGAUGGGUUUUCGUGCAAAUCAAAAUACAGGCUUAACAACUGAAGUCCAAGACCUUAAAAUCUCAGUUUACGGAAGCCAGCAAAAUUUCUGUGUGAAUAAGGAGAACGAUGUCAGUUCUUUAACUGAUAAACAACAAACUCCAGAAAAAUCACCGGACCCAAUGAUUGCAAAAAACCUGCUGCAUGAACUGGAUGAUGAUUGUGAAAAGUGCAGUAAGAAGGAUGACUUAAGUUCUAGUUUUCUGUGUUCUGAUGAUGACAGAGCUCAUAAAAGUAUCUGUAUGGAUUCUGACUCCUCUUUUCCUGGAAUUUCUCUCAUGGAAAGUCCAUUACAAAAGCAGUCCUUAGAUCCAGAGAAAAGCAUCAAAGAAACUUCUCUUGAAGAAUCCAAUAUUACAGACCUACUGACUGUAUCACCAACCCAUCAAAAAAAUGUGUUGCCAAAAGCUGAUGAGAUUCCUGAAAAAAUGUUAGCUCCUUCUUCAGGGGUGUUGAAAACAUUAACCAUCUCUAAGAAAAAUGCUGUGGCUUUUCAAAUUUUUAGCAACCAUACUAAUGUAUCCAAUAACUCAGAACCCUCCAAAACCAGCAUUACUUCUUUUGAUGCAAUGGAUAUCUCCUGUGCUUAUAGUGAUUCAUAUCCCAUGGCUAUAACCCCUACUCAAAAAGGAAAAUCCUAUAUGCCAUAUCAGCAAACACCCCAUCAGAACAAGUCAGGAACUCCAUACCGAACUCCAAAGAGUGUGAGAAGGGGAGCAGCCCCAGUGGAUGAUGGACGAAUUCUCGGAACCCCAGACUACCUCGCACCUGAAUUGUUGUUAGGCAGGGCCCACGGUCCUGCUGUAGACUGGUGGGCGCUUGGAGUUUGUUUGUUUGAAUUUUUGACAGGAAUUCCCCCCUUCAAUGAUGAAACACCACAGCAAGUAUUCCAGAAUAUUCUGAAAAGAGAUAUCCCUUGGCCAGAAGGUGAAGAAAAGCUAUCUGAUAAUGCUCAAAGUGCAGUAGAUAUACUUUUAACCAUUGAUGAUACAAAAAGGGCUGGAAUUAAAGAACUGAAACACCAUCCUCUCUUCAGUGACGUGGACUGGGAAAAUCUGCCGCAUCAAGCUAUGCCAUUCAUACCCCAACCAGUUAAUGAAACAGAUACAUCCUAUUUUGAAGCCAGAAACAAUGCUCAGCACUUAACUGUGUCUGGAUUUAGUCUAUAA